AUGAUCGUCCUGCUGGCCCCUGAGCGUCAGCCUGUGUACCAGCAACUGGAGGCUGCCAAGCCGAUCGACGGCAAAUCGGCGCAUGGCUUGCAGAGGCGCGAAGGAGGGGUGGAAUAUGCACCUAGCCGAGCUUUUUACCAUGAUGCUGCACACGGCAUCCAUGCUAGCAAACAAUCUCGGCAACGGAACCACAGCUGCAUGACACUCUCACACGAUGUCUGCCGCUCGGGGGUCCCGCACGAUCGAAGCAUUGCAAGCCCUUCUUGCCUCCCUUUCGAUAUCAGAUUGCACAGAAUACCGAAGGUUCGAUCGAUUGCCGCACAUUGA